AAAUUAAUUUAAAACACGUGGCAGACUGGCAGGCAUUAUUCAUGUCUAUGUUGGAGUUCUGUCAGCUUUUACCCAAAGUGGAACUACACGCUCAUUUAAAUGGAUCGAUUAGUGCCGAUACUAUGCGUAAACUGAUUGAGCUCAAGUCCAAGAAACGGCUUUUAGGAGGAAAAGAUGAGGUAGUCUCUGGUGAUUCUAAUCCAAACAGUUGGAAGACAGUUAUGAGUGACGAAGGAGAGAAACUAGAAAGGUAUCAUCAAUUUACCAUAAAGGGUCAUUUUGUGGGUACAAAAUUUUGUGAAAGGUUCAGUAAUUUAGAGGGAAUUAAUUUUUCGCAGUGGCUACUGCACCGGCACCGGUAGCUGUGUUAUGGUACC